AUGCCCACCACCAUCACCACCACCACCACCUCCACCGUCUCCAGCUGGCCCACCACCUCCACCACCACCACCACCACCACCACCACCGCCUCCAGAAGGUCCACUACCACCACCACCACCACCACCGCCCGGAGGUCAGCCGGGAGGAGGAGGAUGAGGAGGAGGAGGAGGAGGAGGAGGAGGAGGUCAGCCCGGAGGAGGAUUACCACCACCACCACCACCACCACCGCCUCCAGAAGAUCCACCACCACCACCACCACCACCACCGCCUCCAGCAGCAGCCGCGAGUGCGUCAGCAGCUCUCUUGGCUGCUAUCCCGGCAGGUGUCCAGAUUACUCCCUGUGCAAAGUUUGCGUCAGCAACCCCUACGCCCAGAGGAUACUUCCUCAGGUAUUUGGGGUCUAA